GGUGAAAUUAGACCUAUAUCAAAUUAAGAGCCCAAAUGAUCAUUGAAAGACAACCUAAGUAUACGUACUGCUCUUUGUGUGCGAAUCCAAAAUUCCUGAUCCCUCUCCAUGGGGAAAAGGAGCUUCUCCUUAUUGUGUGCUCGGGUUUCAAUUGUAUCCUUUAUUGUUCUUGGAUUAUCUGGUAAUACUACUACUUGUAAUGCUGUUUCUUCCUCCAGCCUCAUCCAUAGAAGUCUUAUUCCGGGAGAUAACGAAAAGUGUGUCCCUUCUUCUUGCGGCGAUCUCCAUAACAUAAGCUACCCUUUUCGACUAGAACAUGAUCCAAGCUAUUGUGGCAACUCGAGUUUCACCUUGAACUGCGACAACAACGUCACGAUGUUGCUCCUAUAUUCUGGAAAGUACUACGUGAAGGCCAUUGACUACGAAAACACAACAAUCCGACUGGUAGAUCCUGGCCUUGAGAAGAACAAUUGCACUUCCCUUCCUCGUUUUCCUUUGGCCAGAUAUAAUUUCAGUUACAGGGAUGGGGAUGUAUACUGGCCAGCAUUUUUUUCAGUCACACCAGUUACUUUCUUGAACUGUGCAAAGCCCAUGAAUUCUUCUCUGUAUGUGGACGCUCCACCAUGUGUUAAAUCAGAAGCGUACAGUUAUGUGAUGCUAGGCCGUACCAUGUUGGCGGAUUUGGAGCCCGGGUGCAGCAUAGUUUGGAUGACUAUGACCGGUGGUUCGAAUCCGUUCUGGGAAAAGGGAAAGAAGCAAAACGUUUCCUAUCAAGACAUACUCAACCAACUUGUCUAUGGCUUUGAGCUUCAGUAUCAUGUUGAUAUUGUUUCUUCAAGAGCGCAGUGGUGCCUCGAUGAGGAUACAUGUUUCACACGCAGCAUCGAAGGUUUAUUUCAAAUUCUAGGGGAGCUGAUUUUGUAUCUUUUCUUUCUCCCAGUUUGUUCUUUUGAAUAUGAUUAUCAAUUCUGCAUUGCUAUCAUUGCAAGUGUUGUAAUGGUAAAAUUAAUAUUUGGAGGUCCAUUCGUGAUUGCACUUUUGAUCCAUAAGUGGCGAAGAAGACAUCGGUCGACCUACAACACCAUAGAAGAUUUUUUGCAUAGAGAUAAUUUCAUGCCUAUAAGGUACUCUUACUCCAACAUUAAGAAAAUGUCUAACGGAUUCAAGGAUAAGUUAGGGGAAGGGGGUUAUGGGUCCGUAUUUAAAGGAAAAUUACAGAGCGGCCACUUUGGAGCCAUUAAGUUGUUAGGUAAGUCUAAUGCUAAUGGGGAAGAUUUCAUGAGUGAAAUAACUACUAUUGGAAGGAUUCAUCAUGUUAAUGUGGUGCAGCUUGUUGGUUAUUGUGUCGAGGGUUCAAAGCGCGCUUUAGUAUAUGAUUUCAUGCCAAAUGGGUCUCUUGAUAAAUACAUUUACUCUAAACAAGGAUCCAUCACUUUAAGUUACAAGAAAAUGUACGAGAUUGCAAUUGGAGUUGCUGAGGGUAUUGAAUAUUUGCAUCAAGGUUGUGAAAUGCAAAUUCUGCAUUUUGAUAUCAAGCCUCAUAAUAUUCUACUCGAUGAGAAUUUUAUGCCAAAGAUUUCUGACUUUGGGCUAGCGAAACUAUAUCCAGCGAAUCAUAGCAUCAUCCCUUCAAUUGCAGCAAGAGGCACCAUGGGAUACAUUGCUCCCGAGUUGUUUUAUAAAAACAUUGGUGGUGUUUCAUACAAAGCUGAUGUCUAUAGUUUUGGAAUGUUGUUGAUGGAAAUGGCAAGCAGAAGGAAAAAUGUAAAUGCCGUUGUUGAUCACUCAAGCCAAAUUUACUUCCCCUCCUGGGUGCAUGAUCAAUAUACUGAUGGGAAGGACUUGGAGAUUGGAGAUGCAACAGCAGAGGAAAGGAAAUUAAUUAAAAAAAUGAUUGUAACUGCCUUGUGGUGUAUUCAAGUGAAACCAAGUGACCGACCUUCAAUGAAGAGAGUCACACAGAUGCUUGUAGCAGAUGUUGAACACCCAGAAAUCCCGCCGAAGCCUUCUCUAUGCCCACAACCAAUGCCUGUAAGCAAUUUGAUUCCAAUAUGUUCAAAUGUGGAGCUAACAUGCACUCUUUCAGCUAGGUGAUGAUCAGCUAGCUACCAUUCACUAUACUUUGUCUAGCUUUGCAGAUUACUGUAGUAAUGAAAGAUGAACUGCCAAUGCAGUUCAAAUAAUGUAUUUCUCUUUUACUUUGC